AGACGCCGCACAAUGCGCCAUUCAUAACCGGAAUCCGGCCCCGAUAUCGGGUCGGCGACAUAUUGCGUGGCAAUUGUACAUCGCGGCACUCCCGGCCGGCGGCCAAUCUCACAUGGACGGUGAAUAAUGAAGAGGUGAAUCCCUCGCACGUGCGACACCAUAAAAUACUGCGGGACACGCGCAACGAGAUGGAGACCUCCAUAGUGGGCAUACACUUCGUGGUGACGGAUCAGCACUUCGAAAACGGUAAAUUGAAGCUGCGCUGCAGUGCCCAGCUGCAUGAUAUCUACUGGAAGACGACGGAGAAGACCAUAUUGGAGGCGGAUCCGUUUGGCAAAUAUGGUGGCAACGGUGCCAGCGGGAAUCGCGUGAGUGCCGAUGAGAUAUAUGACCAGUAUACGCUGCACGAGGACGAGCAGUUCCACAACAAGAAGAACAGCUACCUGACCCAGCUGCAGGGCGAAGAAGAUGACGGAGCGGAUGGUUUAGAAGAUGGCGGCGCCGCCUGGCGUGGCGUUAGCUCCGCCUCCUCCGGCUCAACGUUGUCGCUGGCGCCGAGUGGCCUGGCUGCCACGCUGCUGGCGCUGCUCAGCUGGUCGCUGGCCAGGCAAUUAGUGUCGCAGCUGGCGCCGAUUACAAAGCACAGGCCGAUGCCGAUGCGGGCGUUGCAGCAGGACCGGCAGAGCCAGAGCAAAGGCCUGCGGGCGCAUUGCUGCACGGACAGCAGCAGCAGCAGCAGCAACAGCAACAACAAAGGAUGCAGCAAAGGAUGCAGCAGAUGCAUCAGGCAAUUAACAUGAUUCAAUUGUCACGCAACUCUUGUGCCACACUUCAGGGAGGAACAGCGGAAGGAGACAAUGCAGCAGCAGCGGCAGCAGCAGCGGCAGCAGGCAGCAAAGUAGGCUUCAGCCCUAGGCAACAGCAAGCAACUGCUAAAUGUAUCUAAAAUAUUUAAUCCUCAACACAAACAGACAACAGUUUCAGCUAGCUCAAA